AAACGUUAUAAUUCUAUUGGUUGAUUUUUUGGAAUUUUUCUUUUUGAUUUAUUUUUUUUUCUCCCUUCCGCGUCAUUGAAAACGCCGUCGUUUGUCCUGAAGUUUUUUAUUUUUUUUUCCAAUCGCGUGUCAAUUGAAGGGGGAGAUGGUUUCAAUCCGAUGAAGACAGUCCGACAAGAUGAGUUUUGUUCUCCAUAUUCUAAAGACUCAAUCCUAUCCAUCGCUAACAGCAAUGACAACCACACAAGGUGAAGUUUGUCGAGUCUCUCGGAAUUUUAAGUUUUUUUUGCUUCUCUGAUUGGAUUCGAUUUUUAAGAUAUGACGCGAAGGUUUUUUGAUACCUCUGAUUGGAUUCGACUUUUAAGCUAUGAUACAAAGAUUGUUGGAUUUCACUGAUUGGAAUCGACAUAUGUUACUUGAUUGAUUACAUUUUGCUUAUUUACAUUUUGAAUCUUUUGUAUCUAAUUGAUUGAUUAACCUUCUUGUUGUUCAGGUCUUGCUUCUCUUAAACAAGACCAUUGCCACGACUAGAGAAGUAUUAUCACAACAAACUUGCAUUCGACUUCAGUCUCUAAAGAAGGACUGUAAGAUUACCUUCUCCUUAAUAACUCAACAAGCAUUUGGACAGUCCUCUCUUGAGAUUUUAAAGUUUGUUUUUUGUUUCAUUGGCACGAUUUAGAGCAUUACAUUACUAAUUCCAAUAGUCUGUUGCAUCGCUAAUUGCAAAACGAUUAAGAUCUCAAUGGGAUAAUACUGUCAGAGCUAAGGUAAACCUUCUCUUCUCCUGAAAGCAUAUGCAAAUCCGUUUGUUCAGUCGGUUUCAUUCCUUUCUGUAUCCGGUCUUUUGGUUUUCAGAUUUUCAAUUUUGGUCUUCUUAAUUAUGAGAUAUUAAGCCUAUAUAAUUAGAUAACUAGAUAACUAGAUAGAUAUUAAGCCCAUAUAAUUAGAUAACUUGCGCAAGAUUUGCAUAUUAAUAACUUUCCUUAUUAUUCCAAUCAAUUACUUGCGAAAGUUGUUUUCGUAUUUAUUAUAUUACUUGCGCAAAUUAAAAUCAUAUCAUAUGCAAAUCAAUUUAUGACAAUACACAAUUAAAAUCUUUCUUUAAACGAUUUUAAUCUUUAUUAGGAGUCAUUAAUAUGAUAAAUAAAUCGGCUUAAUAUAUAUAUGACAUACCCGAAUGGUUAAAAUACAAACAUUCAGCUCUAACAAGAACAAUGGCAAUGGUGCGAGCCAAAAAAAAUAUUGUUUCUUUAGUGAGAGAAUUAAAACCACGUAAAGAUACGUCCCGUAUUGAAGUUAGGAUUCUUCGCUUGUGGAGAAACUAUAACAAAGAAUCAGUAAACACCAUUGAAAUGGUGGUUGUUGAUAAAGAAGUAAGUAAAUUUAAAUAUACAUUUUUUUGGAAGCAUCGUUUAUAUAAUUAUUCUGCGUAUAUAAAGAUUUCAUAUUUUUUUGUCUAGGGGACAAGAAUUCAUGCUUCAGUUGGUGAACAACUCAUCAAAAAAUUCGAUGACAAGCUACGCGAGGGAGAUGCGAUUGUUCUCUAGUUGUUCAAAGUGUACGAUGCUACUGGUGAAUACCGUACGACGCCACAUCCUUACAAAAUUGGCUUCUUUCACACAACAUUUGUUGGAAUAGCUGAUGAUUUUCCAAGUGCAGUUCCCGAAAAGUAUUUCGCGGACUUCUCUGAUAUUCUUUGUGGAAAUCUGGACCAUAGCUGUUUGGUUGAUGUGGUUGGCCAAAUAGUUAACUUCGGGUCUCUGAAAACAAAAUAAUAAAAUGAAAAGACAACAUGUGGCUCUUGGUUGAGUUGCGUGACCCAAAGUAAGACCCGCUUUUUAAUCUUAUUUAUACUUUGCUAAGAAAACCUCUAUUAACUGUAUUUAACUUAAGUUUAUAUUAUACAAUAAUGUGAAGAUGAUGUGUACUCUGUGGGGUUGUUAUGCUAAACAAGUAUACGAUUACAGUAGGAGUAACAUGUCCACCAUGAUUAUUUGUGUGAUCAGAUUUUGUUCUGUUAAAGAGUGGAAAGGUAUAUAAUAUUCGUCCGGUUUGUGUAAAAUGUUACUGAGCAUAACAUAUUAAUAAGAUUAAUAUACUUUGUAGGUGCUUACUCCAUAUCUAGCGGGUAUAAUUCAACCCAUAUUCUGCUCAACCCAACACUUGAUUUUAUUGAGGAGUUCAAAGCAAGGUACGUGUCCGAUGUCUUACGGAUGAAAACCUAUGGAGAAGUUCAAUACAUAUAGAUGUUUAUUUUAAUUUUUGAACAUCAUUUUCACUGAAACGUUUUAACAUAAAGUGUGAUUAUUUUAUUUGGCAGUCUCCCUGAUGAUUCACUUGAUCUUACAAACAACGAUAGUAGCCAAUGGUCUGUUGGUACUGCUACUUCUAUUCGUGCCAGGUUUUUUGUUCUUAAUGAGAGGCUAACCAUCGGAGAGAUCAUUGAUAGUACUCUGGUAUAUAGACUACACUCUUCGCUUUUGAAUUUUUUACACAUUCGUAUACUCCAUGUGCUAUCAGUGCUUUUAAAAAAUACUCAUUGACGAAUAGGUUGGCACUUUUGUGACUCUGGGGACCAUUGAAACAAUUGAUACUGAACGUGGCUGGCAAUAUUUAAGUUGCAAAUACCACAACAAAAAAGUGAUGUCUACAACCAAUGUUGAUGCUGAUGGCCGGCCCUUGUUCUUCUGCAAUACGUGUGACAAAGAACACAGUGAUGUCAUUUCCAGGUAUUGAGCGGGUUAGAUAUACAAAAAUAUGAGUUAUAUUAUCGUCAUUGAAAUAGGCUGUGACGUUUUUUUUUUUUGGAUUUGUUCAGGUUCAAAUUAAUUGCCCAUGUCAAGGAUGAUAGCGGUGAGGCUAAUUUUCUGUUGUUUGAUGCUAAUGCUCAAGCAAUUGUGCGUCAUUCUGCUGCUGAACUCUAUGACGAGGUACAUUUAAAAAUUCCAGUGUACAUCAAUUAACACAGUAAAUUCUAUAGUUUAACCGCUAUCUAUGUAAUUGUAGAAUGAAGAUGAAGACUUCUUACCUGAAGCAGUUAGCGAUCUCUUUGGUAAGAGAGUCCUUUUUGAGAUUUCAGUUGACGCUGAUAACAUCAAAGGAAAGAGUUCUCAGUAUGUUGUUCGAUUGGCUACUGAUGACCGUGAAAUGGUUGAGGAAUUUGGUGAUUUGCCUCCUAAACCGGUAAUUUUUCGCUUAUACUUGCGAUUAAUUUGAUUGUUAUAGGAGCAUAAUAUUGAUACGAUUAAAUCUGUUUCUUGCAGGUACUAAUGUUGGAGUCCGCAGAUGAUAUUUCCUCUGGUUCUGGUGGUUUUACAGCAACUCCUUUGUCCAAAAGAAAAAGCGAACAAGAUGACGACAGUUGCCUUGAGGAUCAACACUUUGUUAACAAGAAACUCUCUCAAAAGAAACUCAAGGGCGAGUGAGCUGUCUCUUUUUGAUGAGUUGCUGUCCUUUAUAUUGUUAUGGCUUUGUUUUUGCUUCAUUUUUUAAAAAUUUGUCUGAGUACCUUUCUCUUUGGUUUUGUUUAAGAUUUUGUCCGAGUACCUUUUUUUUUUGCUUUUAAUUGGAAUACAAAUUUACCAAGUUCCAAUCUAAACCAGACCACCUUACGUUUGGUUGGCUCUGACAUUUGAUUUUGUAUUUAUGCCAAUCGGUAACGUUUAAGAAUCAGUACAUUCGUAAAAUUUCUAUCCAAACAAUACUAUAUAUUAUUAAGCCCAUUUGUAAUGCAAUGAUCCAGUACAUUAGGAUUUUGUAUUUAUGCCAAUCGGUAACGUUUAAGAAUCAGUACAUUAGGAUUUUAUUGGUAGUAAUACAAUCUCAGCCCAUUUGUAAUACCCAACUAAAAACCAAUUUAUGCCCGAAUAGUAUUUAAGCCCAUAAUUUUGUCUAUAAUACUAUUUAAUACUAUUUGGCGAUUUUCUUUUAUAGACAUGAUUAGCCUAUAAUUUGAAAACUUCUUUUUAUAUUUAUUUGUAGAUUAUAACAUACCCGGAAAAUAUGAUUAUGUCGGUAUAUAAAACUAUUAAGACAAAGUAUUAAAUACAAUUAACAUAUUUUUAAUGCAAAGGUAAUACUAUUUAAUACUUUCAAACGAAACAUUUAUGUAAAAAAGGUUAUGCAAUUAGGUCAUAGAUAUAAACCCAAGUUAGUGCAAACAAUGGGGUCUUUGUACAGGAAGUGAAAAGCAAAUAUUAUUUAAAAAACAGGAGUUUAAUGCAACAUAAAUCGAUUUUGGAAGAAUGUCGAUAAAAACAAACACGGAAAAUAUGAUUAUGUCGGUAUAUAAAACUAUUAAUUGUUUAGCUAAAUACAAUUAACAUAUUUAUAAUUUAUGUUUUCGAUAAGUAAUGUGAAAAGACACGACUCAUCGAGAGUCCGCGAUGACAUUAUAAAGACAGCAGUGAAGAAUUGUGACCAAAAUCUUUCAUCUCUCUUCUUCUCCGAUUGAGUCUCUCCAACUUUCGGUAAGUUGGUUUUCUUUCUCUUUAGUUUUUGCUUUGAAAUAUAUUGCAUGUAGAUCCUACAGUUUUCUGUAUAUUUUGUUACCGAUUGAAUCAAGACUUUUUAGGUUUUGUAUCCGUCAUGCGUCUGCUUGUUCAAAAACUGUAGAAUGAUCUUGGUAGGCUUAUAAUAACUUAGAUCCAAUGAAUAUAAUCACUUUUAGUUCAAUUUGUAAGAUUGUUUUCUGUAAAAAUCAAUGAGUAUUUAUGAGAUAUUAUGUGUACAACUGCUUAUUAUUGAUCGUUCUAAAUAUUAUUUCCGCUUAGAUAAUAUAAUGUUUAUAACCAAUCCUGUUUAUAAUAAGCAGAUCGACCAACAUCUCGCGAUGGCAUUCAAGAAGGACCAUAAACGCAAGUCUCCAAUGACUGAUGAUUACGGUACUUCUCUUGAAGAGGCAUUCGAAAAUGGAAUGGAGGCGACGACUGCGCAUUACCAAGCCAUUCUCUUUAUGUACAAGCAACUACAUGAUGCCCUCAUCAAAAAGCAUGCUGAAGAACUUGAAGUCGCUCGCGUACAAGGUAAACUGGAACUCUUUCACGAACUCUUCAACAUGUUUGCAUUGAGCGAAGAGAAAGAGAAGAUAGAGUCGGAACUUGUGCUUGAAGGUUCCUUACAUCGAUUGGUACAAGUUGAAUGAGCCACAGAUGUUUGAUUAACCUUGUCAAUUUCUUGUUUGCUUCAAGUUGAAAACGUUUAAUCUUUUUGAUAUUUUGGUGUUGUAAGAUGGAACAUAUUUCUGGUUUUUAAAACCAGUUUUCCAGCAAAAUUUGGUCGGUUAUUAAACUAUUCUAAGUUUGUUAUAUUAUAAUCUUCCUUUCUAUUAGCUUAUCUCAAUUUUUUUCUUAUUGUCAUAGCUUAUAAUUGGCUUUCAUGUUCCAAUUACACAUUCGUUUGAUUUAGUUGCUUUAGUUACAAAAUUUAAAUUUCUGUAUAUAAGACUUUGGAAGAGGAAGUAGGUUAUACCUAUAGUGGUGGGGUAAGUGGUUCAUAGAUUUUUCUAAAUCACAUUAUUCAAGGUAGCGUGAUUAUGUCAUAGACAAUAUCGCAUCAAGUUUGGAUUCUUGAGAUCUUACAAUACCAAAGGAAACUGAUUUAAUAAAUUUUAAGAAGGGAAUGUACUGACAAAAUAAUUACGUAAGAAGAGUUUAUAUCUAUAAUUUAACUAAAGGUCUUUUCGUAUCGGAAUUGUGAAGUUAAAUAUAUUUGAUCGAAGUAUGGAAAUGAUGAUAUUUACUGAAAUCUUCAUAAUUUAAUUUAUUGACAUGCGUGCAAUAUUAUAAAUAUAUUUAGAACGAUCAAUAAUAAGCAUUUAUUUAAACUAAAUUUUUCUACUUUUCGGAAAGGAAGGCAAUAUUUUAAAUGCCUGUUACGAUGCGAUCCAUAUAUUAGUACAAAAUCUAUUGCGUUCUGUUUAUUUUCGGACAAAAUCUAUAUAUAAGGAAAUAUAUAUAUAUAUGUUGGAAACCUUUAUAGUUUCAAUGAUAUAAAUGUUUAAUAAAUAAUUGGAAACGAAUCUAAUGGGUUGAUCAUUUAUAGGGCAAUCGGAAAGACAUUUUUCUAGAACACACCUUUCUAUAUAAACUGUAGAAUGACGCCUAUUUUAUCAAACCUAAUUGCAGUCUUCUUCGCCGACAUUGUCUCUACAAUUCUCUCCUAAUCUAAAAAAAAUCCUUUGUAAGCUUUUAUUUUCUUUUUAUCUUAGCAACACUUGUAUAUCAUUAAUCAGAUAUUUGAUGAACGAAUCACGGUUUCUUACUUCAAUAUUUCGUUAUAUAAUCUGGGGAGUUUUCAAUACAUGUCGAUCAUCUUUCUAGGGAUAUAUAACGUGUCAUUGGAAUAGUAAAAAAGGUUUUGUAAGAUCUCUAUAGUAUCAUGUAUUGUUUAAUUUUGAGGAUCUAACUACAUAUAUAUAUAUUUUACAAUGGAUCGCUUUGUCUCUAUGUUUGAUCUGAAUUGUCAAUAGUUAAAUUAUGUUUAAAAUUGUGUUGCUUAUAUAAUCGUUAAUUGUUAAAUUUUGAGGAUCUAACUAAAUAGAUAUAUUUCAGUACUGUUAGUCGCUUUGUCUCCACUAUUGAUCUGAAUUAGCAAUAGUUUAAUUAUGUUUUUAAUUGUGUUGCUUAUAUAAACGUGUAUAUGUUAAUCAAUAUUUCUUUUGUCCACAUGCAAGGCAAGAUCUCGCGAUGGCAUUCAACAGAGAUCUAAAGCUCAAGAAACCGAUCGUUUAAGAUUACAGUUCUUCUCUCGAAGAGGCUUUUAACAAUGGAAAGAAUGAGACUAGGGAGCGUUACCGAGCCAUGCUCUUGAUGUAUCAGAACCAAUUGGAAGCCAUCACAGCCAAGCAUGAUGAAGAGCGUGAAGUCUAUCGCGUGCAAGGUAAAUUAGAGUUACUCAAGGAACUCUUCAAGAAAGACGCAAGGAGGAAGGAGAAGAAUAAACUAAAGACUGAACUUGUGCUCGCAAAGGAGAAGAUGGAUGGGGUCAAGAUUCCUUACGUUGAUUGGUUCAAGAUGGGUGAGCCACAAAUGUUUGACCGAAGUCUUUGUUUUAACAAUCUCUCCAAGUUUGAAAUGUUUUAGUUUUUGUGUUGAUUCGGCUACCAAUAUCGGAAUCUAUCUUCUGGUUUUGUAAACCAGUUUAAUAACAUGUUAUUUUCUUGAAGAGUUUCAACGUAUUUGACUGAAUUGAUGAACUGCUUUUAUAUUAGCCUGGAUCAUUGCAUUAUAUGAUAUAUUGAAUGUUGAACAAUGCGUUUAAAUGAUUUGUACACAAUCUUUGCUGAUCUUGUGUGUUCAGUCAGUGUAGUUUCGAUGUACUUUAAGAGUACUUUGUGAUAUGAUUAGCAUUUAUUUGUGGUGUUAGUGAAAAAAAGUUAUGAUUUUGUUCAUCAUUUGGUCUUCACUUCGCUAAUAUGAAAAGAACCCUUUUAAAUAGUUUAAAUGUUUUUAUUGUAGCCAUCACUAUUAUAUUUAGAUUUUCGUAAUUAUAAAAUGACACAUACUAAAUAUUACUUGAAAGGGGGGGAUUUGGCAGGCACGUUUUACAGAUAUUGGGUUUAAUUGAUUUUAAACGCAGCCCAUAUGUAAAAUUAUGGGUUAUAUUAAACAUAAAAUUGUCAAUAUGUUUCCUUCUUGCUAAUUUUGUUAAAUACUUGGGUUUGGGUUUAGUGUUUACGGCUUUGGUUUUAAGUCUAAGAUGCGGGUUUAUUGUAUAAGAUUUGUGAUUGAGGUCAAGGAUUUAGACCAGUAUAUAGGGGAAUCGUAUUUCAAAUUAACGGUUUCGGUUUUGGGUCUAGAAUUAUCCAAUUGAAAGUAUGCGGUUUUGAUUUACGGUAUAGGACUUGGGUUUAGGGUAUAGGGUUUGAAUUUCAGGUUUAGAGUAAAGGGUCCAGGGAUAUAUAUUUAGGAUUUAAAUUUUACGGUUUGGAUUUAGGGUAUAAACAUUCAUUUUUUGGUUAAAGGGUUUCUUUAGUUAGAGUUUUGAAAUAUAUGACAUUUAUUUUGUUCCAUCAUUAUUCUGUGAAAUAAUGAUGCCAUGAACAUAAGAAAUACAAAUUAAGUAUUUCAUAUCACCAAGAGAGCACAAACAUCAAAUAUGCAAAACCAAUAAUAAAAUACCAUUGAUUUAUACCUGUUAUUAUACAAUAUGACAUUGAGUCCUGAUUAGAAAUAAACUCAUAACCCACUAUUAUCCAAAUGAAACCAACCUUUUUUAAGAAUUAUUACAUGUAGAAAAUCAUAAUCGAACCGAUCCCCCGUUAUUAGGCUUUUAUAUGCAUUAAUACAUUGAAAGCCCAUUUAAGUUAUCUAUCUGAAAACAUAGUUAUGCCCAAAUAUAAAGAAGACGGACUUCAAAACUCGAAACCCUAAAUUGAGCGACGUGUUUAGUAGGUCUCUAUAAAUCUGCCACCAAAAAUUACAAUCAUAGCGUCCGAACAUUCUCCCCUUAAAAUGAAGCCGGACAAAUAUAGUUGGUCAAUUCCUACCCAGGUAUUGCGAGCUAGAGAACUAAAUUUUUUUUCAAUACAAAUUUGUUCAUCAUAAAAGAUAAUUUGUAUGAUCCUAUAGGAAUUAUGCACAUUUGAUCCUGAAAAACUCUAUUGUCUUCCUAUUGCUAUGUAAGUUUUUUUACACAUAAAAUAUUUAGUUUCUAUUAUACGUUUGGAGUACUUACAAGUCAUAAAUUGUCGUACGAAAAAGUUGACAAUCAUAUAGUCAAUAAAGUCAUUAAGAGGCAUCAGUAUCACAUUAUGAUGAGCUUUACACACGGAAACCAACAUUCAGCCAAACUCCACAAUGACCCAGAUAAAUCCAAGUUUAUGGAUUGGAUGGAGACUAACAAACAAAUACGUCAAGGAGUAAAUCUAAAGUCUUUAGUUUGCUGUGCUGUUCGUAACUUUGUUUGGGAUCCAUUGACUAAAACAUGGACACCUAAAUUUGAGAUUUGAAGUUACUAUAUGUUUUUUUUGUCGUAUUUAACUCUUAAUUAUUGGAUUUGGUUUUAUUUAUUACUUCGUUGGGUUUUUUAAUUUUUAUAUUAGAGAUCUUCAUUUGUCGUAUAUCAGUUUCUAUGAUAUAUUUAUCCUUUACUGUUACUAUGAAUGCAGCCGUCGUAAUAUUAUGCUUAUAUUAUAUAUUUUAAUUUGAAGCAUAAUAAUAUCUUCAAUAUUCAAGUGAUUAGGUGUCUAAAAAUCAAAAUUAUUAAAACCAAAUUUUAAAAGAAAGAAAAUAUCAGUUCCCUUAAUAUCAGAAAUAUUACCGGUAACAUGCAUGAAGCCGUCCUAAUAUUAAAUUUAUAAAGUAUAACCUAGGAACUGAUUUUACUUGACCAAUACAUAAUUCAGAUUGAUAUAUUUCUUAAAAUUGUUUUUCACACACUUGCCCAAUUAAUAAUUAAACGUGUUUAUAUUACAUUAGAUGUCGAUCAUUGUAGAUCUUUGAUCGGUAACUUUCUUAAUAAUAUUUGGUAACAAAUUUAUGAUUCCCAGUAAAUAUGGGUAGAGGAUAUACGCGUACUAAUUUUGUAGAUCUUUGAUAUAUAAUGUUCCUUGACGGACACACCAUUCUUAAAAAACAUUUAUAUAACAACACAUAUUGCAACCUAAACACUUCGUAUAACCUAAAUCUAAGAGAUCAUCAUAGAUAUGUCUACUUUCAAAACUGUUGCAGAGCUCGUACCUUGCAAAGAGAUAUGUCAUAUUUAUGUGCAGAUUAUCCAUUUGUGGAAAAACUAUAUCGCAGCUGAUCGGUAUACUAUUGAGUUGGUGCUAUGCGAUGCCUUUGUAAGAUAUACACAUCAUAUACUUGAGUUUACCAAAGUUUUUAUUACCCCCGACCUAUAGAUUUCUCCCUAAUAUGAUUUUUUAUGAUGCAGGGAGAUAAGAUUCAUGCUUCUAUCAGUAGUUCGUUGGUAGCACCAAAUGAACAAAGACUGAAACAAGGGUUAUGGACAUUUUUUGAAAAAAUUUCAGUUAUCCAAUCGGGAGGUGCAUAUCGAACUAGCAAACAUGCAUACUUGAUUGAGUUUGUCCGUAAUACUAGUGUUUGUGUGUGUGAUUUCCUUCCACGGGCACUCACUGGUUUCGAACCAGUUGCUUUCCAUGAUAUCUACGAUGGUUUGGUUAAUACUGAGUAUUUGGUUGGUGCGUAACACUAAAACAUGUUUUGAAGACGAUUCAUUUCUCAAGCGUUAAUUCUGUUACAGCCUUAACUAUCCGUACCUAUUAAGUUAACUGGUAUUUAACCUCAAUUAUUUUUCUAGAUGUUAUAGGUCAAAUAGUUGGGGUCAGCCAUUUAGAGAUUGUUUCUCUCAAUGGAAAAGACACUGAGAAGAUAACAGUGGAGCUCCAGAAUCAGCUGUAUGUUUUUCGGUUCUUAAUAAUGAAUCAGCGCUUAUUGAUAGUUUUCAUUGUUUUAACAAUAUGAGAUAGUGGUUUUUUUUUUAUCUUUUAUUCCAGUUCUGAUCGCCUCACUGUCCAUCUGUUGGGUAAAUAUGCUAUAUUUGUUCAUGAUGCUACGCAAAACGUCAUCCAGGAGAAGUCUAUUAUAUGCGUUAUUCGAUUUGGCAAAAUCGGUAUGUUCAAAGGUAAUCUUUCUGUAUUUAAAUAGUACAGUACGUCUGCCAAAUGUAUCCGGUUUUCUUAAGAUUUGCCUUUUCGUAACAACAGAUAGUGUAUCUACCGCAUACGGAUUUACUGAAGUUUCCCUCAAUCCAGGAAUGGUAGAGGUUGAAGCUUUUUUAAAUUUGUAAGUUGUUCAAAAUAUUAAAUCAAAAAUAUAUUUCAAAGUAUUGGUUAUACCGACACUUUUGGUAUUAGUUUUCAUAAACUUUUCAAAAAAAUUCAGGGUAGAUAAAAGAGACCCGCAGAUAGCAUUGGUGGCGUCCAAACCAUAUUGUCCGACUCCGGAGCUAUAUUGAAAGUUUAGAUUUUUCAAGCAUAUCAUACAGAAAUCAAUUACUGAAGUGUUGGAGACAAAACAGGUAAAGGAGAUGUUAUAUCUAACGUUGUUUACCGAUUGUACUAUAACACUCUGCUUAUUGGAUAUACAGCGGGAGAGGUAUAUUGUUAUGUGUACAAUUGCUGCCAUUGAUUAUGAUAUUGGAUGGUACUAUAUGAGUUGCAAAAUCUGUUGGAAAAGAGUAUUGUUAGUCCCUAGCGAUCAUAUGGUUUAUGGAAUUCAAAAGUCCCAAAUCAAGAAAAGUACUAUUGCGCCAAGUGUAAUAACUAUCGGCCUCAACUUCUGCCAAGGUAAGUAAAAUAUUCUUACCGUAUAAAGAAACACUGCUUUAGAUAAGAGAAACCAGUGAUUUCGAAACAUAUGAGCAACCCAUGCUGUUCCAUAUAGGUACAAUUUACAAUUGGUCGUCCUUGACAAUACUGGCCACGCAAAGUUCCUUCUGCUUGACAACCUUGCAGAAGAAUUAUUAGGGAUUUCCUGCGGGGUGUUAUACGGUUCAUCGGCUGACCAGGUAAGAACAUACAAUUGACUAUUUUAACAAUACCUGAUUUUGAAAACUAUGCAUGUUAUCUUCAACUGAUUCUGUUUAUAAAUUAUUGUUUAACAUCUAUGUAGAUUGAGGAUCCCGUUGUCGUCCAUUCUUUUCUCUCUAAAUUAAUUGGAGAAACCUAUUUCUGCAAGAUUGUUAUAGAGGAGCAAAAUUUCCUGUUAAACUGCCAAACGUUCAAAGUUUUGGAGAUUUUUCCAACUUAUGAGUUUUAGUCAUCUGUCGAAUUUAUAAUUCUAUAAAUUUGACAAUUGAAUUGUGUUUCUGUAUUUUUAGAUAAUUUUCUUAUUUUUUUAUUAUUUUAUUUUACAUCCGAAAUUUUAUUACUUAUUUGGGCUUUAUAUUUAGUGUUUAAUUACUAUUCCAUUUUUUUUCGUGGAAAAUGUUACAAAUUAUAACCAAAUCAUUGUUAAGGUGCUUUGGUCCUUGUGUUCAAAUAAUCAACACAUGUAAUAUUAUAUAUACAUUGCACAAUUUAGUCAAAACGAUUGCAAAAUAACCAAAGUUAAAAGAACGAUAAUGAGACUGAGGUUAUUUGGAAUUGAUAUUAUAUAAAAAUACUUGCAAAACAUACAAAAUAGCAACAUACAAAACUGAACGAAAAUAGAUUAAUCGCACAUAUAAAAAACUUCAGUUUUUUUACAUGCGUGCUUAGAUAAUACACCUCCACAACUCUGCUUUUUUUAGUCUUGAUUCAUAGCAAACUGAACAAAUUGAGUAAGCCUUUUGGAGUAGUAACAAUGCUUGCAUACUUGAGCCAUGUUAUCGGGAUGGCACUCAGUCCGUGGCUCAAGGUUGACCAUAGCUGUAUAGUAGCGGGUCUCCAUAAUUGCAGGGAUUGUACUUAGAGUUUUCUUGACUCUUUUCCAGCAAUGAUCGGAGGUUGAUAGAUUUUCUUUCCAUUGGAGUUUAUCCAGAUACUUCUUACCUUUUGGAUAGUGUUCUAUUGCAAGCAAUAACAAACCGUAAAGAUAAGUACCGUUUGUAUACUCACCAAUGGAUGCUUGGCGUAGAUGAUAGAGGCCUUUGUGUUUUUCUUUGUGGACGAAAUAUUGAAGUAUGCCCUCAAUAUAGUGUGCCUCAGGGUUGUCGUUCUCCAAGCAUAGUUCCUUGAAUCUGUUGUGCUUAGUGAGCAUUUCGGAAGGUUCGGCAGCAAAAUAUGACAAGGAAAUGUUUCUGAAAUAGAUGGUGGGAUCGGAGUUGGAGUGGUUGUCGUUUGAAUUAGAGGAAUCACCGAUGUAAACAAUGUCAUAAUUGUUCACCGAUUUUUCUUCUCCCAUAUUCACUUAAGUGUGUGUAUUUUUCUUGAUAUUUUAAGACCCGUUGGGUUGUUUCUACUCUCAGUCGAUGCUGAGAAUGCGGAUAGGUAAUGUUCGAUAUUGUAGGACGAUACUUAUAAAGAUGGUGGUGGGAAAAUGAUGUGAUUGUACAUGAUGAAAAUGCUGUGUAAGUGCUAGAAGUAUGUGCUAAAAAAGACAAGAGACGACACAUGCAUUGUAAAAAGACUGUGGUUCAUGAAGAGUUGUCACGUACUCAGAAAAGUUGGUCGUUGCUUUAUUUGCAUGCUUAUUGAUAUUACCAAUCGAAGUGACAAUUUGACAACUAUAUAGACUGGAUUCUUAUGGUUUCUCAACAAAAACUUAUAAAAGUAAAACUAUAACUUGACCAACUUUCAUUUUCUUAUUAGUAUGUAUUUGAAUAGAAUAGUUUCUCAAACAAUAGACCACUUAAACUUAUGGUAAUUAUAGAUAUGAUUUGUAUUAGUUUAGGAAAUGCAUUAAAUCAAUUGAAUAAGUUCAUCCGAGAUUUCUUCAUUCAUAAAAGAUAAUAAAUGUUAGAAGUUUACUUGACCACUACUCAUGUCCUUAUUCAUACGAAUAAGAAUAUUUUGUUGCUCAAACAAGAAUAAUAAAAUUCUAUUUACUUAAGUGGUUGGAUUUUCUGAUUUGACGCUAGGUUUUUCAUAUGCUCCUAUAAAUAAAACUAAGCUUUACUCGACAUUCUAUAUCAUAUUGAGUACAAAGAAGUUACAAUCUCCACUCUCUAUCUUCUCUGUUAUUAUGUUGUUAGUAUGUUAUACAAAUCGAUCAUAGUAGUUUUUAUAUAGGUCUUUGUCAAAACACAGUAUUCUUGAAGCAAUGUUAACCAUGAAGAGAACAAUUUCUGAAAUUAUUGAAGCACCAACGGUAAAUAUUUUUGGAAUUAUCAUUUACUCAAACGUUUUUUUAUUUUCUGAAAGAGGAAGACAAAUAUGAUUUAACUACAAAAUUAUUGUCAUUUAAAUGCUUCAAAUUAGGCUGGAACUUAUAUGGUUGUUGCUAAAAUUGAGGCCAUUGAUUUGGAUAAACCAUGGUACUACACUGCCUGCAAUUUUUGCAAAAGAAAAAUGGCCAGACAAGGAGAUGGUUUUGAGGGAAACGUGCAACAUCUUCAACAUAAUCCUAUAUACAACUGCAAAACAUGCAACAAGGAUUUUAAACAUGCUAUUCACUGGUAUGGCCGUUUAUAAAGAUUUAUCUUGCUGCCUUUGUAAUAAAUCAGUAUUAUAUGUUUGUAUACUAAUUUAAAUAGUGUAUUUUUAGUUACUACUUGGUUGUACGUGUCUCUGAUGACUCAAAGGGAGAAGUCAAGUUUUUGAUUUUCAACAAUAUUGCGGAGAGGCUCAUUAGGAGACCUGCGUUUCAGUUAGUCCAAGAGGCUGGUCAGGUAUUUUCUUCGUUUUUAAGUUUAGGGGAACUAAGGAAAUUGCAUUUAUAUAUAUUAUUUGAAAGAUGUAUAUUUGUUUUACAGGAAAAUCCACAUUUUCUACCUCAAUCUCUAACUGAUUUGAUUGGGAGAAAACUUCUAUUUAAGAUCACUAUCGGAAGUAAUGGUCAACAAGAACAGAAUGCAGCAUAUGUUGUUGAUUUAGUGAUUGACGAUGCAGAAAUAAUUCAACACUUCGAUCCACAUGUAACAAUCAUAAUAGUGAUAACUCAAAAUUAAUUGUGAACAGUUUAAUUUCUAACGAAUUUUUUUUUGCAGCCGCAUUUUGUGAUUUUUAAUGAUUAUGAGUCGGAAGAGGACUGAUGCUAAUCCUUUCUUAUUGGUUCUAAGUUGAAGUCCAAUAUGCCCGUCAAAGUGGAAGAGUUUAAGAAUUAAUUUGUUUUCCUAUUCAUCAAAUUUAAUAAUGUUUUCCGUUGUCUCUCUUUUGGGUUUUAUAGUUAUGAGAAUUAAUUAUGAGGUGUUAUUUGGUUCGUUAUAUAUAACAACUCCUUUAAUCUAUUUAUUUUUCCACAUUACACGAAAAUUAUUGUUUAAAACUUUAAAUGUGCGGAACUUAUCACUAGAAGAUAGUAUACAACUAUAUAUCUAAAUUGCAAACAUAAGGUUGUUAUAUAUAUAUAUAUAUAUAUGUUAAAGUUCCAAAAAAGCAUAAUUAAUAAACGAAUAAAGUAAAAGAAGGUAAUAUAUUGAAUUACAUUGUCAUAAAUUAUUUACCAAUAAAAAUCAUAUUCACUUGCGCAAGGAAUAAAUACAUGGAAAGAAUUUGAUAAAAAGUCUUUAUUUGGCAACAAAGGAUUAUACGUAUAUUUUGAAGAUGAUAAAACCUAAUGGUCAUGUAUGGAUUUCAAUUGUAUCUUAUAAAUUUAGAGGUCGGCUUCUGAACUCUAUAUCUUCGACUUUCUUUCAAAUUAUAUAAGUUUAUUCAAGCCUUAAUUCUAAUUGCAUACGAUUUAAUCUAUACGUAGUGUUUGGUGUUACUGAAAACAAAAGCAUUCGAUUUUGAGUGGGAAGCAUGAAGAGAAGUAAUCCACUGUCUACAGACACGGGGAAUAAACCACAGAAAAAAAAAAGAGUGUAUGUUCUACAGAAAAUAAAUAAAAACAUCUAUAAAUGUUGAAUUUUCCUACUACUGAAUACAAAGAAUGAUACGUUAUCACUAACGUUUUUGUGAACAUACACUGUUUUUUUUCUUCUGUGGUUUAUUCACAGACUUAUUUUGUUGAUGCAGGUACCAAUGACAAAGAGAAUACUCCAAUGGGGAAUAUAACACAAAACUCAUCUAUCACUAACGUUUCACCUCUGCCCAGUAUAAAUUCUUUUUGGACGCCCUUGCAGAAUGUUAUGAAUCAAGUAUUUCGACCCAUUGGAGCAAUUCCACCAGAGUCUAAUCCGUCAAAAAACGUUGAAAAUACAGCGACACAUACUGUCCCAUUAAGUCGUGUUUUUCAAAGUUUUAAAGAUGGACUAACACAUCAAGCUAGAGCUGCGCGAAAGGAAAUACUGAAUAACAAAAGAACAAUAGGGCUUACUACCUCAAAUAGAGGUUAGUCUCCUAACGCUUUCAUUAUCCCCACGUUUAUUCUUAUUACUGUAUUGAUGAAAAACAUUUCUGAAAAAUUUAUUUUCAUUACAUUGUACAGUUACCAGGAUUUUUCAAGCCAACCAAGGCAUCAGUUGUACCACCUCUAGGUAUAAGUUUCUGUUCAAAGCAAGAGUUAGAAGACUUUUUAAAGAAUGAGUAAUGAUGGAACCCUUUGUGAAAACUAGCUUACUUAUUUCUCUGUGAAAUCAAUUUAUGUCUGUAGGUCCCUAUAAUUCAACGCAAAGUUCACCUACUCUUGCAAAUUUGAAUGUUUCUGGAAUCAACAUGCACCCAUCGAGUAAGAGCAUUGUUUAUUAAUUACUGCAUAUUAUAUGAGUAGUGCUUAUUUAGUAUGAUCGUAUACAAAUAGUUUAUAAAACAAUAAUAAAUUUAUAGUUUAGGACAAGUUUCGUAUAAUUAAAAAAUAUCAUUCCGUAAGGUACAAUUGGUUAUCAAGAAACUAUAUCCCGGAGUACAAGCAUUUUCUUGAGGAAACGAAAGACAAUUGGAUCACCUCCAUCGGUGAAUUCAAAGACAAGACAUAAGGAAGGUAACAACGGGUUUUAAAUAAUGUUUUGUCGUUAUUAUAAGUUAUAUGCUACUAUUUCAAAAGUGGGACUAAACUUAAACAAAUUUCAACAGCAAGACAAGGUCCCAACAUGACACGACAAACAAAUCCGACUGGUCCAGCAGUGUCUGUAGAAGAUGCACAUCGUGAAGGUAAUUUUUUAGAUAUUUGUAAUCGUACUAAUAUGAUGUAUACUGAAAGGUAAAAAUUUAUAUUAUACCUAUUUCAUGAAUUUAUUUGCGCUAGACCUUUGUUUAUAUGUUUAAAUAAAUCUUUUUCAGCUACGCAAAGUCCAUUCCAACAAACCAAAACCAAUGAAUUCAUUCCUCCACCAAGGUUCAUCGUCGAGGAUCAUCCUGAAGGUAAAAUGUCUAUUCCAUCUAUACAUAUACAAAAAGUUAAAUUUAUGGAUCAUAUAUUUUGACUUUGUAGUACACUUUUUCACGCAGCUUACAAUAAUCGAUAUGCAAUGGAAAGUGAGUCUGAAAAUGAAAAUGAUAAUGAAGAUGAGGAGAAUCAGACUUACACUACCUAUCCAGCUGGAGAGACUUUGAUAAACACAUCACCACAACAUAUCCCACAAGAAACUAAUAAUACAGUUACUUCGCCUAUUGUCAUUGGGAUACAAAAAAACGGUGAUGACCUGAAAAUUACUACAAUGUUUCUUACAAAUCAGAAACACGAUAUUAGUUUUUUUUUUUUAAUGAAGAUAUUUGACGAAACACAGGUUACUACGACGACGGAGAUCCAGGUUGGAAUUGUAAGUUUUGUCAAGCAUAUAUGUGGUAUGGUGAAAGAAUUGGAAAACGCCGGCGUAGUGCCAAUCAUGUCUUCACAAUGUGUUGUAAACGUGGUAAAGUUGUACUUCCUCGGCUCGCGAAUCCUCCAAUGGAGUUAAUGACUUUGUUAUGCAAAGGAGACGAGUUAAGCAAACAUUAUCGAGAGUUCAUACGAGCUUACAAUAUGAUGUCCUCUUUCACAUCUCUUGGGGGGAAGAUAGAUCAUUCUAUUAACAAUGGUCGUGGACCAUUUGUUUUCCGAAUAUCUGGUGAGAACUGUCAUCGUAUUGGUGAUAUAGUUCCCGAGCCUGGACAAGCUCCAAAAUUUUCCCAGCUCUAUAUCAUUGACACUUUAAAUGAGAUCAAAAAUAGACUUGACGCUUAUGUCGGGUAAUUUACUUCAUUAUAUGAAGUUACUAUGAUUAUAUUGUUCGCUUUGUAGUAUGGUCGACAUUUUGUUAGCUUAUAUUAAAAAAAAAUUAAAACUUUGCAGGUCUGACAGAGCUGCUGCUAAGAAACUAAGAGAACCACUUGUUCUUCUUCUGAAGAAUAUGUUAGAUCAGUGUAACCCUCAUGUCAAGGCUUUUAGGUCUGCAAGAGACAGAUUCGACGUGGAAGGAUCAACAGGUUAUAGGAUGAGAUUGAUUGAAAGUCGACAAUCUGAUGGACGGACCCAUAAUCUGCCGACUGCAAAUGAAGUUGCUGCUUUGAUACCUGGAGAUUUUGUUUUAAAUAUGGAGACACGAGAUAUUGUUCUAGAGAGUACAAGUGGAAAGUUGCAAAGGAUAAGUGAAUUACAUCCGGCGUAUUUGCCUCUGCAAUAUCCACUAUUGUUUCCAUAUGGAGAGGAUGGCUUUCGAUUAAAUAUUCCUAUUGGUUUUGAAGACAGCACUGCGAGAAAACGCAAGAAUGUAACUAUGCGUGAGUACUUUGCAUUUCGGAUUUUAGAGAGGAGGUGGGAAGCACCUACAAUUACAAGAUCAGGCAGAUUGUUUCAUCAGUUCCUUGUGGACGUUUACACAAUGAUAGAAUCGAGUAGACUACGUUACUUGUGGCUGAAUCAGAAAAAGCUCCGGUCAAGUAGUUACGCUGCAAUCCAGAAAGCAGCUACAAGAGCUGGAGCUAAGAUGGCGGAACAAGGGAGCCGAAUUUUCAUUCCAGCAACUUUCACCGGGGGAAAAAAGGUAUAUGAAGCAGCACUACUAUGAUGCCAUGGCUCUGUGCAAAUACCAUGGAUUUCCCGAUAUUUUCAUCACUUUUACGUGCAAUCCAAAAUGGCCUGAAGUUACAAGGUAUCUGAAAAAAUAUAACCUGACCACCGAAGACAGGCCAGAAAUAUUGUGUAGAGUUUUCAAGAUGAAACUCGAUAAUCUUAUCGGCGAGUUGACUAAAAAGAACGGCUCCUUAUUCGGACCUGUUGCUGCAGGUAAAUCUCCUUUACAUGUUACUUAUGAUUAAAUUUUAAUCAAAACAACUAAUGUAGAUAGUAUUUUGUUUGUUAAAAUUUUCUAACUAUUUUAUUUUUUAUUUUGACAGUAAUGUACACGAUUGAGUUUCAAAAAAGAGGAAUGCCACACGCUCAUAUCCUUGUCUUCAUGGAAAAAGGAUCAAAAUUUCCAACAGCCGAUGAUAUAGAUAAGAUUAUUUCCGCUGAAAUACCAGACAAGACAGUAGAUCCAGACCUGUAUGUGAUCGUUGGGGAUUGUAUGAUGCAUGGUCCUUGCGGUGCAGCAAAGAAGGAUAAUGUAUGUAUGGUUAACGGUAAAUGUUCUAAGAUGUUUCUGAAACCUCUCAACAUCAGGACAUCGAUUGACGCAAAUGGAUUUCCAGCUUACAUGCGUCGGAUUGAUGGUAGGUUCAUUGAGAAAAAUGGAAUCAGAUUAGACAAUGGAUUUGUUGUACCAUACAACAGAGACCUCAUGCUUCAAUAUCGCGCGCAUAUGAAUGUAGAGUGGUGCGUCCAAACACGAGCUGUUAAGUAUCUUUUCAAAUAUAUUCAUAAGGGACCUGAUUAUGCCUCAGCUGCAAUAGAUAAAGAAGAUGAAGAUGACAUCAUUGAUGAAAUCAAAACAUAUUACAACUGCAUGUAUUAUUAUUUUUAUACCAAUUCGUGUUACUAUUUAGAAAGUACUAUAUUUUAUAAAUUUAUAACAAUAUAUUAAAAAUUUAGUAGAAACUCUAUAAGCCAUUCAUCAAAUAUAGAAGAUCAAUAAAUUAAUACUAAUUAGAAUAUUGAACUUUAUACAUUAACUUCAUUUCUCCAAUCCAAGUUUGCGCAAAUGUACUAAUAAAAAAAUAUAAUACGAAAAAAUACUAAGAUAAUAAAGGAAAGACCGCAAGUUAGUUAAAUAUGUAAUUAUUAAUUUAAUUCAAAAUUUAUAUUCUACGCUAUGUCUUUGCAAAGGAAACGAAAAUACAUCAAUAAUCUAUUACUAUUAGUACAAAUAUAUAUGUAUAAGCUUUAGAAAAUAUAUAAUAUAAUAGAUGAAAUUUAUAUAACUCAUUUGUUUACAAUAAAAUAAAAACAUUAUUAACAAAUAGAGUUUAUUUGUCUUUUACAUGUAAAGUCUACGUUCAUCAUUACUCAUUUAUGUUUUCGUAUUUCUUAAUUAGAUAUAUUACUGCAUGCGAGUCGUCUUGGCGGAUUCUUGCUUUUCCUACACAUUUUCGUACUACUUCUGUAGAGAAACUUGGCUUUCAUCUUCCGGAUCAGGAACUGGUAUUUUUUUAUGAAGACGAACCUAUUGAGAGUAUUCUCAACAAAAAGACUGUCAACCAAUCCAUGUUUUUGGCCUGGUUCAUAGCAAACAGAAAAUAUGCAGAGGCAAGAGAGUUGACAUAUGCGGAAUUUCCAACAAAAUUCGUUUGGAAAUCAGGUACCAGAGAAUGGGUACCACGGAAACGAGGCUUUGCCAUAGGGAGGAUUGCGCAUAUUCAGCCAUCAGGUGAUGAGCUAUAUUUCUUGAGAGUAUUGCUAAAUUGGGUAAGAGGGCCGUAAUCAUACGAGGAUAUAAGAACAGUUGAUGGUGUUUAAUAUCAUACAUACGAAGAUGCUUGCUAUGCAUUGGGAUUGAUGGAUGAUGACAAGGAAUUCAUAGAAGCUAUCAAAGAUGCCAGUGACUGUAGUUAUGCCACGUAUGCCAGGAAGCUUUUUGCGAGAAUGGUUGUUUCCAAAUCGUUGUCUCAGCCUCAUGUUGUGUGGGAAGCUACUUGGGAGUAUCUUACCGACGAUAUUCUUUACAAGAAGCGGCGAGAAACUGGACGACCUGGUGAGUUUUAGAUAAUUAAAUUUUCUUAUUGUAAGAAUGUCUAUGUUAAUUUAAUAGAAUUAUCAAACUUACAGAUAUGAACUUGACCAUAGACCAGAUCAAAAAUAUAGCUCUUACUGAGAUCGAAAAUCAUUUGCUCAGCAAUGGUCGUAGCCUCAAGAAAUGGCCCCACAUACCAAAGCCAGAAGAUUUGGCUCUUAUUACGGCAAUCGCCUUAUAGAUGAUGAGCUUAAUUAUGUUGUGGAAGAUCAGCUAAAGGAAAAUGAAAGACUUAUGGCGAUGAUAACAGAUGAGCAAAGAGGGGUAUACGAACAGAUUCUGGAUGCAGUUUUAAAUGAUAGCGGUGGAGUGUUCUUUCUUUAUGGUUAUGGAGGCACAGGAAAAACCUUCGUAUACAGAGCACUCUCAUCAGCUAUCCGAUCUAAAGGUAUGAUUGUUCUGAAUACCGCAUCAAGUGGAAUUGCAGCAUUGUUGUUGGAAGGAGGUAGAACCGCACAUUCCAAAUUUGGUAUUCCGAUAGAUGCAGACGAAUUCAGUACUUGCAAGAAAAUGGAGCCAGGAUCAGAUCGUGCAGAAUUAGUUAAAGCGGCAAAGUUAAUUGUAUGGGAUGAGGCGCCUAUGAUGAGCAGACACUGUUUCGAGACGUUGGAUCGCACUAUGCGUGAUAUUAUAAGAUCUUGUGAAGAUAAACCUUUUGGGGGUAAAGUUAUUGUUUUCGGUGCAGAUUUCAGACAAAUUUUACCGGUUAUACCUGGAGGUGGUAGAGCAGAGACUGUUUUGGCUGCUUUGAAUUCGUCAUAUCUUUGGGAGCACUGCAAAGUUCUGAAGCUAAAAAAAAAACAUGAGAUUGCUGGCUGGUCUUACUGAUGAUGCAGCAAAAGAGCUUCAAUCCUUCUCAAACUGGAUUUUGGAUAUAGGAGAUGGAAAAAUAAAUUUGCCUAACGACGGUCAAGUUGAGAUUGACAUCCCUUCUGAUUUGCUGAUACAAAAUAGUGGAGAAGACCCUAUUGAGACUAUGGCAAAAGAGGUUUAUGGAACAGCUUUUCAAACUUCAACAGAUAAGGACUUGUAUAGACAUCGAGCCAUUCUUACUCCCACAAAUGAUGAAGUGGAUAAAAUAAAUGAUUACAUGCUUUCGCAGUUGCCAGGUAACAUGUUUUAUCAUUUAUUCUUAUCUUCAACUAACUUUGUACAUAUCACUAAACAAACGGUUUUGCAUAUGCUUUCAGGAGAAGAGAAGGUUUACCUUAGCUCUGACAGUAUUAUCCCAUCCGAUGUUGACAUAGAAGAAAAUGUCGUAUAUCCUGCAGAGUUUUUGAACAGUGUUAAAGUGGCUGGACUGCCUAGACAUUGCUUGAAGCUCAAGGUUGGUGCUCCUAUCAUGUGUCUUCGUAACAUGGAUGUUGCAGAUGGUUUAUGUAAUGGUACUAGGCUAAUUGUUACUCAGUUACUGCCCCAUGUGAUAGAAGGUAGAAUUAUAACCGGAAACAAAAUUGCUGGACAUCCGGUUUGGAUCCCUAGAAUGUUUGUCACACCACCUGACACCAAGUUCCCCUUCAGAAUGCAUCGAAGACAGUUUCCAGUUACUUUGGCUUUUGCGAUGACCAUCAACAAAAGUCAAGGUCAAACACUAGAAAGUGUUGGGUUGUUUCUGCCUAGGCCAGUGUUCUCUCAUGGUCAGCUCUACAUUGCACUUUCAAGAGUUAAGUCGAGAUCUGGAUUAAAAAUCCUAAUAACUGGUAAAGAAGGAAAAACGCAGACAAGAACAUUGAAUGUUUUCUACAAACAAGUUUUUUAGAAUAUUCCAUAGUCACGGUAUGUAAUUUUAAUGUACUUUAUUUUCAAAUAUAAAAUUUUAAGUAUAUAAACUGUUACAUUUGUUUACUUUUUGUAUUUUCCAGAUGGGUAGUGAUGAGUUAGGAACUGAUUGUAUUCAGGAGCAUCCCGUUUUCUGACUAUUUCAAUGAAAGUAUGUCUACUUUAAUAUUAUUUCAUGUUAACUUUUAUUUUGAAACUUAUAAAUCUUUCAAAUAAUGUUCAUCCGACAAAUUACUUACAAAAUUUAUUUAAUAUUUUGCAGGUUUCUAAAUUAUUUUGCAUUAUUUUUCGACAAUUGUACUUUAAAAUUUAUAUUGUUUACGGAUAAUUUUUUGAAUUUUUUUUUAUUAUAUUUUCUUUUACUAUGUCUACACAAAUUUUUUUUAUUAUUAAUGGAAAAAAAUAUUUUAUUCACCAACAUAGAUAUUUACGACUGAUAUACAAUACAUUUCUAAUUAAUGAUAAUAUAAAAUCUGUGUAGACAUAAAACUAUGCAUUAAUAUCCAAAUUUUGAAUAAAAGUUUCUUCGUAAACAUACAAAUUAUUUUGGGACGUUGCAAUUAUACGUACACACAAUAUCUGCCUCUUCAUACUGAAGUUACUUUGUUCCCUCUCGUCCAUCUCAAAUUGGUGUGCGAUCUUUUUUCCAUGCCUGAUGAAUUCUCCCAAAAACGGUGGUACUAUAUUAUAAAAUCCGUUACUUAUAAAAUUAUAUAAGAUUUAGUCCAUAUUCUGAAUUUUCUUAUGUCCGCACAGGGUGCGGGCCGGUCACCUAAUCUAUAUUAUAAUGAGGGACUUUCCUCACUCCUUAAGCUAUCUAUGUCAGCAGUGGUGGGACCCAUGCAAAAAACAUAUUUGCGUUUUACUUUGCGUGUGUAUCGUUUUACUGACAUGUUGUGUUUUUCGUUUUGGAUGGAUGGGCUAACCUUUAUGUUCAUUUAUUUACAAAACAUGUGGCCCAAUAAAGUGAAGAAUAAAUAUUUACAGCCAAAGCCUCUUUUUCCGUUAUUUUUCUUCUAGAUUUUUUUAGUCAAAUAUCUUCUUCUUCGAUGAGAAUAGAUAUUUUUACACCGAAGGCAUCUGUUCGCUUCGUUAUCUUCCUCUUAAUGUAGAAAGUAACCAUUUAUGUUUCCACGGAGCAGUGAAUCGAAAGCCACUUAUCUUCGUUGUGGUAUUUCAAAAGUUGAUUUUUACAGGUUCAACACAAUCAGAAAUAUCAAAAGGUUCACGAAAAGAAAUCAAAGGCAGUGGAUCUCGAGGACCUACGAAUGUUGGUCGACAUGUUACUCCUUGGGUUCAGGGUUUCGAUUCAGUCCCAUCAAUGUGGGAUUAGUUUGCUUGCUCUUACUCCUCUUCCGGAAAGGGAUCCCAUCAUCAUUUAGGCAAAAGGUUUGGCUUUCUCUUCCCGAUGCUGCCAAGAAAAAGUCCAUCUUCCUAGAGAGUUAUUACUUAUUACAGUGUUUUGAGCAAGGCGGUUCUGGGAAGGCACAAGCAACACGACAAAUCGAUCAUGUGAGUUUGAUCUUCUCCAAAUCCUCAUGGUUUUUUUGUUCUUCAGGGAAACUGAUGUAUUUUAUUUGCAGUUAAUUUUCUACAUUAUGUUACACGUCUGUUAUUAACCAAAAAGCAGCAUACUGGCGAUGAAGACUCCAUUGUUAGUGAACCUUUGAAUCAAAAUGAGUACAGCGGCUGCACAUGCCCUGAGAUGGCUCAAACUACGAUGAAAUCUCUAUGCAACAGAGUAUGCUCUUCUCUGAUAGUCUUAAGUCUGAGUAUCAACAAGAAGAGGUUUAUUAGUAUGAUCAGCAGCUAAGUACUUCGAACUAUCCUACACAAACGAUGGAGACACACAAUAAGUCAAAGAUUAUGCGAUAAAGGCUCUGGUGAAUAAAGUUGACUAUUUGGGCUCUGUUACUGUUACGUACAAAGUCAAUGAAUUUGUCGAUGAAAAGGUUGAUCAAGUAGCUGUAACCGAGCUACGUCACUUCCUUCAAUUUCACCUCCAACUACCGUACAUAUAUCCGAGGCUGAAAAGGCUCUAGGGGGAGAUCUCCAACCAGAACAAUCACCAUCAUCUGCUAGCGAGACUGGGGAUUCUCCCAGCAAUGCCAAGGAAGUUGAUGAAGCAAAUUCGCCAAGCUUGGUUUAGAAAGACAAGAGUCGCAAGCGCCCCCUUGAGUGAUUGGUACAAGUACAGCAAACUGUCAACCCCACUUAGCUUUCCUGCGUUUUUACUUUUCUAAAUUGCUAUGUUUUUCAAUUUUUGAGUUUUCUUAUUGUUUUCAAAUUUCUGCAAACUAUCACCCACGAGGGUUAGUAUAUACUUUUUGAUUAAAUUAUGGGGAACGUUGACGAGUAUUAUAAUUUAUGGUGUCCACUUAAUUACUUAUAAACUUCAUUUUAUCAUGCAGUACAAAUUCCUACGUCCCAUAACUUUGAAAACACAUCAACCUCAAUGAAAAAAAAACACUGGUGGGGUGGGAUAUUAACACAAAAAUAUUAAAAGGGUUUGUAAAUAUAAAUGUAAUGGACACCUUAGUUGGAGUCAAAAUUUAAUACGCACUAUGAUUUAACGUUGCUUUCAACAGCUAUAUUGUAAAAGAAAUCAUGAUCAUUCAUCAUCUUCACCAAGUUAAGACAUUCACGUUCAAAUACUAUGGAUACAAAACCUCUUAGACUUAAUAGUUAUACUAGAGCAAGUAAUGCAAGUGCUUCAGCCUCCAAUGUGGUAAAUGCCAUCCCCAACACGUAGUGCCCCAAAAGAUAGCAGUACCAUUGGAAUUACUAACCAUGCAUCCUGCUUUGGAGAGACCUUCCACAACAUUCCUAUAACAUUUUUAACGUAUUACAACACAUCUAAUUAUUAACAUCCCCGCGCUUGCGCGGGGCUCCGCUCUAGUAUAUAGAUAUCUCAAAAUAGUAUUUUUUUUUUUAUUGUAGCUUACUUUUAUGACAUCAUUUGUAGCUUACUAUUAGUGUGUAUUCCCUAACUUUCAUAAAAGUUAAUUAAAAAUGUGAUGUGAUCAUCUUCAAUUAGUGAUUUAGAAAUUUUAUCCAUAUUAUCGAAUAGAAAAAUAAUAUAAUAGUAUUAAUACUUAGAAAAUGUACAACUACUUUUCUGUAUGAUGGUCUCCCUUUAAGAAUUAAAAGAGUAUCUAAUAUUUGGAUAUCACAGAUAAACCGAGAAGGAGCCAAAUGAGAUCAGAAUUUCUGGGCACAUGGAGAGAAGCACGGCCGUAUCUGUCUUGCCCUAUUCAAUUCGAUAUAUUAUCUUCCUAAUAUCAUAAUCUUGUAUUUUAAUAGUGACUGAAAGCACAAAAUUGAAAGUGUUGAAAUACACUUUGAAUCUGCAAGCAAGGAUGUCAAGAAUCAACUGAUCCCAUGCAAGAAUCGAUCAUGUACCGAUCUUUGCCAAUCACAAAAAAUAUGAAAUUAGUCAUUAAAUAUUUCCUAUGUUAAUCUAUACAGUUAAUACCUAGUCUGUAGCACGAAAUUGUAUUCUAAAACUCGGCCUCCAUUAAUAAAGUAUUUUUUGUUUAUGGAUGUGGUCAUAAGGGUGAACCACAUUAAAUAUACGCGUCUUUCAUUAUUUUUAUCAAAUAUGUUAAUUUGUUCUUCUCACAUCCGUCACAAUAAACUAGCAUCAAAGUUACAGGUUGUAAUCUGGUGAGAAUAUAUAUGAUAAACAUGAAGAUCGACAAGUUUACUGGUAGGAACAGUUUAUGUCUUUGGAAAAUUAAGAUGAACACAUUGCUAAAUCAACAGGGUCAACGGCCACCGUUGUCAGGGAAGAAGACUGAGCAUGUUACAUUUGAGAUGAAGGUUAUAGAAAAAGGUGUAUUCAACAAUCUUGUUAAAAUUAACAGAUGAUAUCAUCAUCGAGGUUUAAGGUGUUGAUAUUGCAGCUGGUUUGUGGUUGAAGUUAGAGAGUCGAUACAUGACAAAGUCUUUGACUAAAAUGUUACUUUUAAACAUAUUUUUGCUUUAAAAAUGCAGAGAGAUACACAAUUUCAGGAUCAUCUUGACAUGUUAAAUUCAAUAAUGCUGGAUCUGCGUAAAAUUGAUGUCAGAUCAAACAUGAAGAUGCAGCGUUGAUCUUGUUGGUAUCACUGCCAAACUUCUUUGAGAAUUUUGUUCAGUCAUUUAUAGGAAGUAAGGAUACAAUGAACCUAAAAAAACUGGGUCAACAUUUGAUAGUACAGAGUUGCAUCACAAGGCAUAAUGAUAUGGUAAGAUGGCCAUGCUUAUGUGUUAUUUGCCAGUAGUGGAAAUAAAUUUGGGAAAGGCAAGAGGUCGAAAGACAAAAAGAGAUUCCCAAAAAGUUCUAAUCCAAACGAUAUUUGCAAUUAUUGCAAAAAAAAAACACUGGAAGUCCGAUUGUGCUAAGAAAAAGAAGCAAUAUAGUUCCUUUUUCGUAGCAGAGAAUGAAACUAAGUCGGAUGAUAAAAUUGUUCUGGUUGAUCAUGAAAAAAGCACAUCCUAAAGAUGUGUGGCUUUUGGAAAUAAGAUUGUCAUAUCAUAUGUGACCAAGGAAAAAUGAUUCUCGGAUUUUGAAAAAAAUAUAUGAUAGCAAAAUUAAGAUGGCAAAUGAUUUUGCAUGGAAGAUUGCUGGAAUUGGGUCUAUAAACCUCAUGACACAUGAUGAUAAAUUAUACACAUUGACUGAAAUUAGACAUGUUUCAUUAAUGUCAAAGAACUUAAUCUCCAUUAGUCUUUCAGAUAGUAGAGGCGUCGAGUAUUCAUGUGAAAUGGUAUUCUGAAUGUCUACAGAGAAUAUAAUAAUUUAAAGAAAAAAACAACUUUGAUAUGUUGUUAAAAAAUCUUUUAAUAAUAUACUGUAUUUUAUAAAAUAAAAUUGUAUUUAAAAAUAUAAAUAUUAUGUUUAUAUAAUGUACAUAAUUUAAAUUUAAAUAAAUAAUAUAUUUUAGUUUUUAAAUAUAAAUUUGGUGGGUUGGCGGAUAUAAGCGGUUUAAAAUUGGUUAAUCUGCAUCUCUACAUUAUUACUUUUAACUCAAAGCACAGUGAAAACUGAAAACUAUGUAAUCCCUCCAUCCUUUUUGAGGCUCUUGUGCGAAUUUUACAUUAGACUAGAGGGGAUAUUGAAACAACAUAUAUAUAAGAUAAGCUUAUGUGGUUUGAAAAUUCUAUAAACGUUGUCUGUUGCUAUAGCGCAACGCGUGUUUCCGGCCGUCGGACACGGCGUUUUCGAAAAGUGGAAGAAUCUAAGAGUACAGCAUUCUUGCAUGAUAAUGACAUUGACUUAGUUCAAUAAGUAACCGCUACAAGAAAAAAAAAAAGCACGAAAAGAUUAUUAACUAAUAAAAUGAGUAUAUCGGCAAACUCUCCUGUGAAAGCUAACUUCCCUCCAAGAAACCAUUUCUUUGACGAGCUCUCUCUUCUUCUUCUUCGUCUUCUCCAAGUCUCUGAGAUGGGUUGUUGUUCAUUGGAUUGCUUUGUCUACUUUGUCCUCUCUAUUGCUUUAGCUUUCAUGGCCGUCUCCACCACUCUACCUCCACCUCGAGAUUCCAACAUCACAAAAACUAACAGACCCAUUACUCAUCAUGAUCCUCUCUCUUUAAACGCUUCAGAAGCUCUACGCCAAUCCAAUUUCAAAGCAAUCGCCACUCUCCUCCACGUAUCUCCUGAGAUCUUCCUCUCUUCUUCUUCUUCGUCUUCUCCCAACACAACCCUCUUCGCUAUUGACGACUCUUCCUUGUUCAACACGUCAUCUCUUCCUCCUCUGUUUCUGAAGCAGCUUCUUCAGUAUCACACACUCCCUCUAAAGCUUCCGAUGGAGGAACUCCUCAAGAAGCCACAAGGAACCUGUCUCCCUACCCUUCUCCGUCACCAGAGCGUCCAGAUCUCCACCGUUGACAAAGAAUCAAGAACAGUAGAAGUGAAUCAUGUCAUGAUCUCACAUCCGGACAUGUUUCUUGGAGAUUCAUUGGUUAUUCACGGAGUUCUUGGACCCUUCUCACCUCUGCAACCUCGCAUGCAUCAUAUUCCCCAGUCAUCUUUGUGUCAAUCUGACUCAAACAAAACCAUUAUCGAAGAAGAAGAAGAAGAAGCUGUGCCGGUUAAGAUAGAGUGGACUCGGAUCAUUCAGCUGCUAAGUUCAAACGGGUUUGUGCCAUUUGCAAUCGGAUUGCACUCUGUUCUCAACAGGAUCAUUGCAGAUCAACACAAGAACUUGACCGGAGUAACAAUUCUAGCCACACCAAAUCUGGUCUCACUGUCAUCUGCUUCUCCGUUUCUCUACGAAGUCAUGAGACGUCACAUUCUUGCUCAACGACUUACCAACAAAGAUCUUGCUUCAAUGCCUGAUAAAGCCUUACUCAAGACACUGGAUCCUUACCAAGGUCUCAUAUUCACUAGGAGAGGUAUAGUUAAUUCGUCACAGUGUUUCAUGAUCUCUGGAGUUGAGAUUGUAGAUCCAGAUAUGUUCUCUUCUAACAACUUUGUAAUCCAUGGGAUAUCACACACACUAGAGCUCCCACGGGCAUAACUCACCAUCCUUUUAUUCCUUCCCUUGUAGAUUUACACAUCCAUGUUGUUAAGGUUUUUGUUUUUAGUAAUAAACUAGGAUAGGAUCCGCGCCUUGCGUGGAAUGAGAUGAAAAUUACAAUGUUAAAAUUAGGCUUAGGCAAAAAAAACUGGAACCGAAGAACCAAGCCGGAACCGAACUAAAAUACCUGAAACCUUGAAAUAUCCAAAUGGUUCUUAUAUUUUUAUAUCCGAAAUAACAAAACCAAACUUGAACCGAACCGAGGACCGAACAGUAUCCGAAUAUAAAAGAAUAUUAAUUAUAUAUAUCUAAAAUAUAACUAAAUAUAUUUUUAUAAUUUAAAAAUCUAUUAAAUUUAUAAAAAAUAUUUAAAAAUAACUAAAAUUGUUAUAAAUUAACCAAACUACCCGAAAGUAUCCAAAAUAAUCCGAAAGUAUCAAGAUAGUUUUAUCCGAAAUAUUUAAAAUUUUAAUUUAAAUCAUCCUAAUUAUUUGAUAUUUUACCUUAAAUAACCGAUAUUUUACUGAAUUAUCCGAACGACCUAACCUAUCCAAACCGGAACCGAAACCAGAUGAAAACCAAAUUUUUCUGGGUAUUUUCCGGUUCCUAGUACUAUCUGAACCGAACCGAACCCAAAACUAUCCGAACCAAACCAAAAAUAGGUCAUGGAUCCUCUAAUCCUCUAUCCGAACUACCCGAUACCCAAAAUUUUUGAACCGAACCGAUUUCCGAAAAUGAUUUAAAUAAAUAUAUAUAUAUAUAUAUAUAAUAAAUUGACUUUUAAUGGAAUUUUAGUGUAUAACAUUUGAGAUGAUUUGACUUUUAAUGGAGUUUUAGAUGAUUUCAAUAAGUUGCAGAGAUUUAGGUGAUUAUUGUUAAACCACUCGAAUAUAACCUAAAAACCAUAAAAUUUGAGUUUUAUUUUUUAUUUUAACUAAGAAACUCCACCAAACACCCCAAAAUCACCUGAAAACUUUAAAACUCAAUAACUUAAAAUAUUUUCAAUAACAGUGGAUUUUAGAGUACUCUACGAAAUGUUAAGUUCAAUAAGAGUGGAUUUUAAAUGCGUUUUUAAUACAAAUCACCUAUAACUCUCACUUGCAUGCACCCUAAGGAACUGUAGUAUCUAUAUUAAUAAAGUUGCCCAGAAACUCUCCUUAGAGUGCCACCUCAGCACACCCUAUUCCUUUUGCCGCCACGUGUCGAAGAGGGAGGAGCUUCACUUUUUUCUUACGGGAGAGUUUGGUUUACGGGAGAGUUUGGUUUACGGGAGAGUUUGUUUUUUUUGGGCUUUAGUUUGAAAGAAGAAAAGCCCAAUCCAGUGUUCAUGCUGCUAUGUUUACGUUUACUUAUGUUUACGUAUCCUAUUAUGUUGUUUCUCUUUUUUCCUUAAUCAACUUCUUAUUUUGCAUUAUGUUUUAAUAAUAUCUAUGUGAGGUUUUCUUUCUUACUAUCAUCAUUUUAUAAUAAUAGCAUUACAUUGUCCCUUAAUACAUUUGUUAAUGAAAACAAUGAAACCAGCCUUACGAUCAAGAGUAGAACCAAGACCUAAGCUAUCUUAUACGUACACAUACGAACUUGAAAAUCAGGCCUAUGGCAAAUCAUAAUUCGUUGAUCAUAAAGUUAUAAUCGAGAUGACAAAAAAAAAAUACAAAAUCAAACCUGGCAAAAAAAAUUUGGAUUAUAAGACUAUAAAAUUUUACAGACGUAAUAAACAAAUUAAAUAUAAUAUAAAUACACAUAUACGCUAUUUUACUCAUGAUACCCCAUUUAUUUAAUUUGAUAUCCCGUUUAUUUAAUCUUUUAAAUUGAUACCCCGUUUAUUUAAUUUGGACUCCAAACAAAUACAAGUCGAUGCAUAACCACAAUGUUUAAAAGAUUAUAUUUUAAAUCACCUACCACAAUGAUACACACAUUAUUAUCAGAAUUAAAAUUACAAAUACUCAUUCAAUAUUUCCUACAACAAACCGAAACUGUUAAUCAAAUUACAAAAUAAUAUUUUAACCAAACUACAAACAAAAAAUAUUACUUCCCGCGUCUUUAUCACAUUUGACCUAUGAUUUUACCAUGCAUGGAAACUUAAGAAAACUCAUUAAACGGUUUAUGCGCAUGGGCUCAAAACCUGUGUUCAUUUUCUGAUACUUAGCCCAAAGCUGAUUUUUAUAAAUUAAAACAACCUAAUAAUAACGUGUACUAAACCACCAAACCUGAUUUAAUAUAUUAAGCCCAAAACGGGUUUCUUCUAUGUGUUUUAGUUAUAAAAAUUAAUCUUAGUCAUUGAAAAUUCAUAAACAAAAUCUUGGUCAUUCAAAAUUCAUAAACGAAAUCUUAGUCAUUCAAAAUUCAUAAACAAAAUCUAAGAUUAAUUACUUAUAAAAACUAAUCUUAAUCAUUCAAAAUUCAAAAAAAAAAAAACAAAUCCAUUAAUCCAAUUCUCAUAUAUAUCUAUACUAUUAAAUACAAUAUGAUAACAAAAGAUAGUCAACACUAAAUUUAAACUAUACAU